UGUUGUAGUUUAAUAUUGAAAUUUCGAUCAGUUGUCAUAAUAAUUUUAAGUGUAAAACUAAAUUUUGUUGUAGAGAUGGACGUCUUAAAGGCUAUUCGUAAAAACGAUGUCAAAAAAUUAGAAAAAUUGUUGAAAAAGGGUUUUAAACCGAAUUCCGUUCUUGAUGAAUUUGAUAGUAACAAUCAAUUAAAGUACUCAACAAUACCAUUAUCAUUGGCUGCGAAAGAAGGUUAUACAGAUAUUGUGAGUCUACUGGUAAAGUAUGGAGCAAAUCUGCAUGCAUCAAACGAUGAUUGGGAAGCUCCGAUGCACAUUGCCGCGUUUUACGGACAUGUUGAUGUUAUGAGAUUUUUGCUGACGCGAGAUAUUAACAUUAAUAAACAAGAUAAAAAAGGUAACACUGUCCUUCAUGUUGCUGUAAUGAAGUCACAGUUUAAUAUUGUAAAUCUCCUCCUAACUAAUGACACUGGAAUAGAUAUUAAUAUAAAAAACAUUGAAUCAAAAACUGCACUUGAUAUAGCCAAAAAAGAAAGAGUUUGUCACAUUAUAGAUUUAAUUGAAGAGAAAAUAAAACAAGAUAUGGUUAAUAAAAAUAAAGAUUCAGCUGUAGUCAACCCGGCACCGGCAUUCAACUCAGUAAUAAAGGCUGUGCCAGCUUUUCAAACUAUGAAACCGCAAAAUAAAUCGUUUUUUGAAUCAGAUGUAAUAAUCAAAGAACAAGAAAAGCAACAGCUUGUUAGAGCUUUAAGUGAAAUAGAAAAAAAAGAACAAAGUGAGAAGGAAAAAAUAAAAGAUCUUCAAGCUAUCGACAGCCUUCUUGAUAGUCUUCAAUGUUUUGACAAUAACAGUUGAGAAAAUUGAAAAAAAAAAUCACUUAAAGAUUUUUAUAAAGCUUUUAAUCAAAAUUAUUUUUAUUUGCUACGUUACUGCUACGUUAUAAUUUUAAAAAUCAAACAUCAUAACUAUUUAACUUGAAUAAAAAGAACUAGGAAU